ACACAUGACCUGUUGUACAGACGCAUAUUUUCAUUGACCAGUCCUGUCUUGAAAGAGCACCUGUUAUACCAGUCUUUAGAGGUCUGGAUUAAGAAAUCAAGAAACAGGAUGAAUGAAAGAGUAAUGAAGAAGGUUGUAAAUUAUUGUAUAGUACCUUUACUUGUACUGAUUGUCCCAACUCUCACACAGAUUCCUCCAGGGGUGCCUAUGAUCAGUGGGCCACAGGUCAUCAUAAUGGGUGACAAAGUGACUCUGACCUGUACAGUGAAUAGUGGCAAGCCUGACCCAUCAGUCAGAUGGUUGAGGGACGACCAAGUCAUAGAUGAGACGUAUAGCAUAGUCAGCGGUAUCACUACAAACAACUACACAUUUACUGCUUCCGCUAAUGAACAGUUUGCUGUGUUUGAAUGUCAAUCAGAGAACGGACUCCUCCAAAAUCCACUGUCCAGAACUAUAUUUGUGGAAGUGUACAAAACUCCACAGACACCAGUCCUAACAGGUCCUACAGAAAUGAUAUCUGGGACACCGACAACUUGGACAUGUAUCUCUGAUGGUGGAUAUCCUGUACAAAAACUGUUCAUGAGGGUCGGAAAUUCAGCAUUUUCCACAGAACUUGAUACAAAAACAGCAUUUGAUCGAAAUUCACAAACAUACACUGUAACUGGAACCCUUUCUUGGGCCCCAACAACAGCUAAUGACGGACAAACACUCUACUGUGAUGUUACUCAUCCGGAAACUAUAGGACCUAACAACCCCCAAACAGUCAGCCUACCAUUAACUGUAAAAUCUCCAUUGGAUGUAAAUGCACCACAGACGCAGUAUAACCCCACAACAGGGGAGACGAUCUCGUUAACGUGUGUUAUUACUUCUGGAACAGCAACUCAAGUCAGAUGGUACAAAAACAAUAAGAUUGUUAUUAUGGCGGCAAAUCUAAGACUUUCUGGUGGUAACGCUAACACGCCGUCUCUAACAAUUACUCAGGUCCAGCUCACUGAUGCUGGUAGUUACAUAUGUGAGGCCACUGAUGGCACUGCCACGAGGAAUACGACUAUAAUUACAGUAUCUCCAAAAGCUACACCACAACCACCAACACUGACCGGUCCGUCAACUGUAACACCAGGAACACCCUUUACGUGGACAUGUGUAUCGUUGGGUGGAUUCCCAGAGCAGACUAUGUCCAUCAGGGUAGAUAACUCUGUGUUUACCAAUGAAGCCACAUUUAAGUCAGAGUAUGAUGAUAGUACAAAGGCCUAUAGAGUUACCGGAACGCUUGUUUGGAGCCCAGAUACCAGUUACAAUGGACAAAAGUUAUACUGCGAGGUGACGCACACUGAAACGUUAGGACCUAACAACCCACAGACAGCUAGUCUAUCACUGACUGUUCAAUCCACACCACAAACCCCAGUACUGACCGGUCCAGUCUCAGUUAUCUCUGGAUCAUCUCAUACAUGGACUUGUGUAUCCUCCGGUGGUAAUCCAGAACAAACUAUGUCAAUCAGGGUCGGUAACUCUGUGUUUAGUAAUGAAGUGACGUUUAAUACAGUAUACGAUGAAAGUUCUAAGACCUACAGAGUUACAGGAACACUUAUAUGGAGCCCUACAACCACUUACAACGGAGAAACACUUUACUGCGAUGUUUUACAUCCUGACACAUUAGGAAAUAGUCCACAGACAGUCAGCUUGUCACUCACUGUACAGGCCACACCACAAACACCAGUACUGACCGGUCCACUCUCAGUUAUCUCCGGAACAUCUAACACAUGGACGUGUGUAUCCUCCGGUGGUAAUCCAGAGCAAACUAUGUCAAUCAGGGUCGGUAACUCUGUGUUUGGUAAUGAGGUGACCUUUAAUACAGUGUACGAUGACAGUUCUAAGACCUACAGAGUUACAGGAACACUUGUAUGGAGCCCUACAACCACUUACAACGAUGAAACACUUUACUGUGAUGUUUUACAUCCUGACACCUUAGGAAAUAGUCCACAGACAGUCAGCUUGUCACUUACUGUACAGGCCACACCACAAACCCCAGUACUGACCGGUCCAGUCUCAGUUAUCUCUGGUACAUCUAACACAUGGACUUGUGUAUCCUCCGGUGGUAAUCCAGAGCAAACUAUGUCAAUCAGGGUCGGUAACUCUGUGUUUGGUAAUAAGGUGACCUUUAAUACAGUAUACGAUGAAAGUUCUAAGACCUACCGAGUAACAGGAACACUUGUAUGGAGCCCUACAACCACUUACAAUGGAGAAACACUUUACUGUGAUGUUUUACAUCCCGACACCUUAGGACAAGCUCCCCAGACAGUCAGCUUGCCACUCACUGUACAGGCAACACCACAAACCCCAGUACUGACCGGUCCAGCCUCAGUUAUCUCUGUUACAUCUAACUCAUGGACUUGUAUAUCCUCCGGGGGUAAUCCAGAACAAACUAUGUCAAUCAGGGUCGGUAACUCUGUGUUUAGUAAUGAAGUGACGUUUAAUACAGUAUACGAUGAAAGUUCUAAGACCUACCGCGUAACAGGAACACUUGUAUGGAGCCCUACAACCACUUACAACGGAGAAACACUUUACUGCGAUGUUUUACAUCCUGACACAUUAGGAAAUAGUCCACAGACAGUCAGCUUGUCACUCACUGUACAGGCCACACCACAAACCCCAGUAUUGACCGGUCCAGUCACAGUUAUCUCUGGUACAUCUAACACAUGGACUUGUGUAUCCUCCGGUGGUAAUCCAGAACAAACUAUGUCAAUCAGGGUCGGUAACUCUGUGUUCAGUAAUGAAGUGACGUUUAAUACAGUAUACGAUGAAAGUUCUAAGACCUACAGAGUAACAGGGACACUUGUAUGGAGUCCUACAACCACUUACAACGGAGAAACACUUUACUGCGAUGUUUUACAUCCUGACACCUUAGGAAAUAGUCCACAGACAGUCAGCUUGUCACUCACUGUACAGGCCACACCACAAACCCCAGUACUGACCGGUCCAGUCUCAGUUAUCUCUGGUACAUCUAACACGUGGACUUGUGUUUCCACCGGUGGUAAUCCAGAACAAACUAUGUCAAUCAGGGUCGGUAACUCUGUGUUUGGUAAUGAGGUGACGUUUAAUACAGUAUACGAUGAAAGUUCUAAGACCUACCGAGUAACAGGAACACUUGUAUGGAGUCCUACAACCACGUACAAUGGAGAAACACUUAACUGCGAUGUUUUACAUCCUGACACCUUAGGAAAGAGUCCACAGACAGUCAGCUUGUCACUCACUGUGCAGGCCACACCACAAACCCCAGUACUGACCGGUCCAGUCUCAGUUAUCUCUGGUACAUCUCACACAUGGACUUGUGUUUCCACCGGUGGUUUUCCAGAACAAACUAUGUCAAUCAGGGUUGGUAACUCUGUGUUUGGUAAUGAGGUGACGUUGAAUACAGUAUAUGAUGAAAGUUCUAAGACCUACAGGGUAACAGGAACACUUGUAUGGAGCCCUACAACAACUUACAACGGAGAAACACUUUACUGUGAUGUUUUACACCCCGACACCUUAGGACAAGCUCCUCAGACAGUUACUUUACCGUUAACUGUUUAUACAACCCCACAGCCACCAACAUUAACUGGUCCGACAACAGUUUCACCAAGAACAGGAGUUGCAAACAGAACACCAGAAACGUGGACAUGUGUAUCUUUGGGUGGUUUCCCAGAGCAGACGAUGUCUAUCAGAUUAGAGAACUCUGUUUUCACGUCUGAAGUCACAACCAAAUCAGAGUAUGAUCAAACAUCAAAGACGUAUAAAGUUACCGGUACACUUGUUUGGAGCCCAGACACCAGUAAUAACGGUCAAAGUUUAUAUUGCGAUGUAACUCACCCAGAAACGUUAGGACCAAACAACCCACAGACAGUUAGUCUUCAGCUGACAGUGCAAGCAACACCACAAACCCCAGAACUGACCGGUCCAGUCUCAGUUAUCUCCGGCACAUCUCACACGUGGACUUGUGUUUCCACCGGUGGUUUUCCAGAACAAACUAUGUCAAUCAGGGUCGGUAACUCUGUGUUUGGUAAUGAGGUGACCUUUAAUACAGUAUACGAUGAAAGUUCUAAGACCUACCGAGUAACAGGAACACUUGUAUGGAGCCCUACAACCACGUACAAUGGAGAAACACUUUACUGUGAUGUUUUACAUCCUGCAACCUUAGGAAAUAGUCCACAAACAGUCAGCUUGUCACUCACUGUACAGGCAAUUCCCCAACCACCAACAUUAACAGGUCCAACAACAGCGACAUCUGGCAUCCAAGAAACGUGGAUAUGUAUAUCAAUGGGAGGUAACCCAGAACAGAAGAUGUCCAUGAGAAUAGGAAACACUUUAUUACCCAACGAGUUGACAACCAACUCAGAGUUUGAUCAAAAUUCAAAGACAUACAAAGUAACCGGUACUCUUGUAUGGAGCCCCAAAACCAGCAAUAACGGAGAGAUAGUUUACUGUGAUGUUACACAUGAAGCAUUAGGCAACAGUCCACAAACCGUCAGCUUACCUUUGACUGUUAAAACGACACCAGAGACCCCAUUAUUGACUGGUCCCACGACGAUGCUUUCUGGUACUUCAAAUACGUGGACAUGUCUGUCCCUAGGUGGCAAUCCUAAACAAACCAUGAGUAUGAGGAUUGGUACAACACUUCUAAAUAGCCAAGUAGCCAUUAGCUCAGAAUAUGACGAAAAGACAAAGCUAAACAGAGUCACUGGUACACUGGUAUGGAGUCCAGAAUCCAAACAUAACGGAGAAAUCAUGUCAUGUGAUGUUUUCCAUCCGGACACUUUAGGUCAAAGUCCACAGACAGUUAUUUUGACAUUAACAGUGAACUCGACACCAACGAAACCAACUCUAACAGGUCCAACAAAAAUAACGACAGGAGUACCAAAAUCUUGGACUUGUACGUCACGUGGCGCUUUUCCAGAGCAAUCAAUGACUAUCAGGAUCGGUAACUCUGUGUUUGGUAACGAAGUGACAGUUAACUCAGUGUAUGAUGAAAACAGUAAGACGUAUGAAAUGACUGGUACCCUAUUGUGGACUCCUACUACCAGUAGUGACAGGGAAGUGCUGUAUUGUGAUGUCUUCCAUCCAGAAACAUUGGGCAGCAACAACCCACAAACAGCCAGUUUAUCACUCACUAUUAAAGAUGCACUGGCGAUUUUAGCACCUAAAACAUUAUACGAUCCAUUUACUGAAGAUGCAGUAACUUUAGAUUGUGUGAUAACAUCCGGGACUCCAACAGAAAUAAAAUGGUACAGAAACAGUGAGCGAAUUUUUGUGUCUGUUGAUCCUAGAUUAUCGGGUGGAAAUACCGAUAAUCCAGCUUUAAAGAUAUCUGAGAUCGAGAUGUCUGAUGGAGGAAGUUAUGUCUGUGAAGCGACCAAUGAAUUCUCUACAGUUGACACCAAUACUAUAUCACUGUCUCCAAUUGAAAAACCUGCUACAGAACAUUACAUCAUAACAAAGAUUCUCAACGGUUACAACAAACUUGUACGCCCAACAGACCCAACUGUUAAUAUUACGCAUUUCAUUAUUCCGAGGGAACUUGUACAUUUUGAAGCUGGAAAGGUAGUACUGGAGUCGAUGCAAUGUAUAAGUUGGAUUGACCCUAGAUUGUCCUGGAAUAGAGGUCAAAACAGAGUUAGUCUUCCAUCAUCAGAAAUCUGGAUCCCGGACAUUGUAUUGUUAGGACAAAAAUAUGAACCUGAUUUUGAGACGAAAGUUAUCGUAACCCAGGGUGGUAACGUUGUAUAUUGUCCCCAGGGACAGAUCACAUCUACGACCUGUCAAGAAAAAGCAGGAGAAGUUUAUGAAUGUGACUUCCGGUUCUUGUCGUGGUCCUACGACAAAGUAAUGUUAGACAUUAUGCUACCAGCGACACAAUCUGUUGAUUCACACAUUGACAUGUCGGUGUUCAUGGAACAUGAUAAAUAUGAAGUUGUAAGCAGAUGUGCAACAAGAGAGGAAGUGAGAUAUCCUUGUCGAGAAGGUACUUACCCAGAACUUAAAUAUAGCAUUGUGUUCAGUCGAAGAAAGACAUUUUGCAGAGACUAUAAUCAAAGUCCUACUUGUAAUUAAGAUACGCAUUUUGAUUUCAUGGGAGAAAAAAACACGAAACUUACUUUAGCUAUCAAAGUCGACACGAGCCAACGCUUACGGGAAAGCAUAUAGAAAUAUCUAUGUUACAUGGUGCCACUUUCGAGAUAUUUCACAUCUUGGAUAUAGCUUCACUUGGUCUUUCAGAAGCGUCCAGCAUGUGCAUGUACUCCUAUUUAUCUACAAUUGAUAGGUUUUAAUUCGUAAUUCAAGACUAAGAAAGACUUAGUUUCAUGAAAAUCAAUCAUUGUGUUGUUAUUAGAAUACAUUUGUAUAAAGCAUUAAAGCCGCUUACAUUGGACCUCAUACUUGCAUAUAUUACUUCAACAAAUUACGUGAAAUAUUACACAUGUAUGCAAUAACAAAUAAAUACACAUGUAUUACAACUUUAUAUAUAUAUAUAUAUGCAUGUAUAUAUCUUUUCUAAAUAUAUUUUUAUUAUUUAUUUUAUAUGUUUCAUAAACUGUAUACUUGUACCAUGAUUUGUAUAUAUAUGCUAUAAAUUUAUUUGUAAUGUUUUGAUAUGGAUCAUCCUUGCUAUUUAUUAUUAAACAUUUAUAACAUGUGAA